AUGAGCGCCAAAAUCCCUCCAGCAAGACGAUUUCCCAAAAGACUAUCGCAACAAGAGUUAAAAGAGAAGACAACAUAUUACAUGAAUGAAAAUGGAGCAGAUAACCAUUACAAAGCACAAUAUUAUUUAGAAGCUGCCAAACUUGUCGUUGGAAUGAAGGAUCAAAAAUACUUUACACUUCAACCAAAUGUACAUCAUGCAGAUUAUAAAGAUAAAGCAUGGAAUGUAGUUUAUCAAUUAAUUAUUAAAUAUCUUGAAGAAAAUAAUAUGACAUUAACAAUAGAUUCAAUUAAAAAAGAGUGUGGAAACGCUGGCUUGCCUAAAGAGGAUACUGAUUUUAACAAUCUGGAUGAAUACUUUGGAUCUUUACUAGAUUUAGCAGAAAAUAUUGCCUCUAAGCAAUUUAAAGAAUGUGUUGCUGAAUGGAAGGCAGAAGAUUCAAAAAUAACUGAAUAG